CCGAAGUUCUCAUUUAUCACAAUCUCAAAAAUAUUUCAGUCCAAUUUCUCUCCACAGCUCAAACGAACUCUCCCAAAAAGCAUGGACGGUCAUGAUGCAGACAGUUCUAAACAAAGCACGGGUGAUAUGACUGCAUUCGUCCAAAACCUUCUCCAGCAAAUGCAAUCUAGGUUCCAAGUAAUGUCGGAGUCCAUAAUCACUAAAAUUGAUGAGAUGGGAAACCGCAUUGAUGAGUUAGAGCAGAGCAUCAACGACCUAAGAACCGAGAUGGGUCAAGAUGGUGCUCCGUCGCCUUCAGCUCCAUCGAAGUCUGGAGAAGAUCCUAAGUCAGGUGAAGAUAGUUGAUCAAAUGAGUGCUUCUACAAAGCGCAGAUUGUUAUUUUUCUCAUCUUGUAAAUUUUCCCAUGGUCUAUUCUGUGAUCGUAUUUCUUGGGAUGAAAUUAGUUUGCUUAAGGUUUGGUGUGUUUUGUAUGUGUGUGGAUGUGUAAUUUGCUCGCUGAAAACAGAGCAUUACGAGCAAACUAUGGUGUUAUUGUGCAACUGCAAGUUUUUACUCAAUGAAUUUUUUCUUAGCCCUA